GGGGCGCUCCGGGGGGGGCACCUCUGUGGGUGCUGCCCCUCCCAGCCCUGCCCGUGCCCGCAGGUGCCCACCCAGGGCGGGGGUCGCCAUGGGACCCCCACCCCGCGUGCCCCUGGUGCUGCUGCUGCUGCUGGCGGCUGAGAGGACGGCGAGGGGCACCUUCCCCGAGGAGCCCGGGCCCAUCGCCGUGGCCCCCCCGGACUAUGUGAAGCACUACCCCGUGUUCGUGGGUCACGGCACCGCCCGCCCGGGGGGCCCCGAGGCGGGGAGCACCCAGCGCCUCAACAUCCAGCGCAUCCUCAAGGUCAACAGGACCCUCUUCAUCGGGGACAGGGACAACGUCUAUAGGGUCAGCCUGGAGCCCAGCGGGGCCGCUGAGCUGCGCUACCACCGGAAGCUGACGUGGCGCUCGAACCAGCACGACAUCAGCAUCUGCCGCAUGAAGGGCAAGCACGAGGCAGAGUGCCGAAAUUUCAUCAAGGUGCUGCUGGUGAGGAACGAGAGCCUCCUGUUCGUGUGCGGCACCAACGCCUUCAACCCCGUCUGCGCCAACUACAGCAUGGACACGCUGGAGCCUGUUGGGGACAACAUCAGCGGCAUGGCCCGGUGUCCCUACGACCCCAAGCACGCCAACGUGGCCCUGUUCACAGGGGGGAUGCUCUUCACGGCCACGGUGACGGAUUUCCUGGCCAUCGACGCCGUCAUCUACCGGAGCCUCGGGGACAGCCCCACCCUGCGCACCGUCAAACACGACUCCAAGUGGUUCAAAGAGCCCUACUUUGUGCACGCUGUGGAAUGGAGGAGCCACGUCUACUUCUUCUUCCGGGAGAUCGCCAUGGAGUUCAACUACCUGGAGAAGGUGGUGGUGUCACGGGUGGCCCGGGUGUGCAAGAACGACAUGGGGGGCUCGCAGCGGGUGCUGGAGAAGCAGUGGACGUCCUUCCUCAAGGCCCGGCUCAACUGCUCCGUGCCGGGCGAUUCCCACUUCUAUUUCAACGUCAUCCAAGCCGUGACCGACAUCCUGGAGCUGGACGGACGCCCCGUGGUGCUGGCCAUGUUCUCCACGCCCACCAACAGCAUUCCCGGCUCCGCCGUCUGCGCCUUCGACAUGACCCAAGUGGCCGCCGUCUUCGAGGGACGGUUCCGGGAGCAGAAAUCACCCGAGUCCAUCUGGACACCCGUGCCAGAGGACAUGGUGCCAAAGCCACGGCCCGGGUGCUGCGCGUCCCCGGGGAUGCGCUACAACUCCUCCAGCGCCUUCCCCGACGAGAUCCUCAACUUCGUCAAGACGCACCCGCUGAUGGACGAGGCGGUGCCGGCCCUGGGCAACGCCCCCUGGAUCCUCCGCACCAUGAGCCGGUACCAGCUCCGUAAGAUCGCGGUGGACACCGCGGCGGGGCCGUGGGGGAACCACACCGUGGUGUUCCUGGGCUCCAGCACCGGCACCGUGCUCAAGUUCCUCAUCCUGCCCAACGCCACCCGCAGCCCCGCGCCCGCCGCCCCCGGCAGCCAGAGCGUCUUCCUGGAGGAGUUUGAGACCUACCAGCCCGGGAGGUGUGGCCGGGACACGGAGGACGAGCGGCGGCUUCUGGGGAUGGAGCUGGACAAGGCUGCGGGGUCGCUGCUGCUGGCCUUCCCCCCGUGCGUGGCCAGGGUGCCCGUGGCUCGCUGCCAGCAGCACUCGGGCUGCAUGAAGAACUGCCUCGGGAGCCGGGAUCCCUACUGCGGCUGGACCCCCGAGGGCUCCUGCAUCUUCCUGGAGCCCAGCCCCAGGGUGACCUUCGAGCAGGACAUCGCCGGCGGCAGCACGUCCCACCUGGGCGAGUGCGAGGGACUGGUGACGGAGAGCUUCGUGGACGAGCCGGACGGGCUGGUGUCGGUGAACCUCCUGGUGAUCUCCUCCGUCGCCGCCUUCGUUAUCGGCGCCGUCAUCUCCGGCUUCAGCGUGUGCUGGUUCAUCGGGCACCGGGACCGCAAGGAGCUGGCGAGGCGCAAGGACAAGGAGACGAUCCUGGCGCACAGUGAGUCGGUGGUGAGCGUCAGCCGCCUGGGCGAGCGGCGGGCGCGCGGCGCCUUGCUGGCCCCGCUCAUGCCCAACGGGUGGCCCAAGGAGCUGGGCAAGGUCACCCAACACGACCUGGACUCGGGGGUGCUGCCCACGCCGGAGCAGACCCCGCUGCAGCAGAAACGCUGCCCCGGCGCCCUCCAAAACUGCACGUGGGAGCAGAGUCACAACAUCAUCAACGCGGCUUUGCGGGACCCUGGCGGCUCCGGCCCCGCGGGCGCCGGGCGGGGGCACGGCGGCUCCGGCCGCCCGCCGCGGGGCAUCCCCCUCUCCUGCCACGCCAUCCUGGUGGACCAGGAGCUGGAGGCCGAACUCAGCGACUCCUCAGGUGACGGGCAUUGGGGUCGGGACCCUCAGGAGGGUCCCCGCACCCGGCAGCACCCACCCGCCGGCGCCCGCCGCCCGCCCCGCAGCUCCUACGGCGACUUCGGCGGGACGCCGCACCCCAGCCCCGAGCGCCGGCGGGUGGUCUCGGCACCCAGCGGGGAGGGGGGAGACUUUACCGAGGGGCCGCCCUGGCACCCCGAGCAGCUGAACUUCAACGCCAACAACGGCACGGGCCGCCCCGGCGCCCACCUCAAGAGGAACCACACUUUCAACAGCGGCGAGGCGGCGGCGGGCGGCUACGGGCGGCACCGGGCAGCGCGGGCACCGGGCACCCCGCGGCCGCUCACGGACCUGCACCACCUCCUGCGCUACGGCGUGGAGCGGACUCCCUCGGGAAAAUAG